GUAUUUCUGAAGCUCACUGCUUUGCUGAUUUUGAGGCAAACGCUCCAGAGAGAGAUGGAAGUCUAGAGAGAAGGAGGAAAGGUUAAGAAAGGGAGAGGGAGUACUGUGCAAGUUUCAACACACAAACACGCAACUAUAGAGAGGGAGAGAGUCAGAGGCAAAGAGGGGAAGCUCCUCCUUUGUCUUUUGUUUCCUUUUUACUGCAUUUGAGGGCUCCAGCCUCCAUAUCUCUUCUCCCCUUUUCUCCAAAACCCAUCACCAAACACUUCUGUUUUCGUUCAUCAGUAGGGAAGAAAGAAAAGUUAGAGAAUAAAGGAGGUUUUGGGUGUUUCUCCUUUGAGGUAAUGUUGAGGAAAAGAACAAGGUCAGUCCACAAAGAUCAACCUCAAAUGGGUCUGCUUAGAGUACCUGAUUCUGGCUCUGAAUCCUACUGCCGGUCUGAAAGCCACAAGACAAGUUCUUUGUUCAGUGUCCCUAGACUGUUUGUUGGAUUUACCCCUAAGGGAUUGUCUGAUUGUGACUCUGUGAAGAGCCCAACAUCACCUUUAGAUUUCAAGCUGCUUCCAACUGUAGGAGCAAAUCCACCUUUUAGCUCCCCAAGGUCACCCCAUCAGAAGAGCUGGGACCGUAGUAGACUCGGCCUAAGCAUUGUAGAUACCCUUGAUGAUGAUCUUAUCAAUACCUCUGGCAAAGUUCCUCGUCCAUCUGAGAGUAGAAACAUUAUUUUUGGCCCAGGGGUGAGAAGCAAGGCAUCAAACACUAAUAGUCAUACAGAUAGUCCUGUUGAGGCAGCCAAGUCACUUCCAAGAAAUUUUGCUAUAGUUCCUCGUAAUAGUCACACCAAAUCUCCCCUUCAUAAGGGCAGCUCUGAUGUUCUUUUCGAAAUUGGAGUAGCCAUAGAUGAUCCUGAACCACCCUUUGCAGGAGUCAGGUCUUAUUCAUUGGAUUCUUGUAGAUCUUCUUAUCCAAACCUGUCGUCUAUGAAUGGCCAGAAGUUGAAACCCAGUUCUGGAGUUUCUCGUUUGUCUAAUUUAACUACUGCCCAACUGAAUCCUCCUCCUGUAAUCAUUGGAGCGAGCUCGAGUGUGAAAUCUAGUUAUGCAAUUAGCACUCUCUCAGCCAGUGAGAUUGAGCUCUCAGAGGAUUAUACAUGUGUUAUUUCACAUGGCCCCAACCCAAAGAAGACUCAUAUCUAUGGUGACUGUGUUUUAGAAUGUCACUUGGAUGACUUGAGCAAUUUUGGCAACAAUGGAAGGAAGGAAUUUGGAUUGCGCUCCUGGGAUGCUAAGCACAGCAAUAAUCCAGCUUCAUUCCCCUCUGAUCACUUUUUGAGUUUCUGUCACUAUUGCAACAAGGAGCUGGAAGAGGGGAAGGAUAUCUAUAUUUACAGAGGUGAGAAGGCCUUUUGCAGUUUAAGUUGUCGCUCACACGAGAUGAUGAUUGAUGGGGAGUUCGAGGAAGAGAACGACAUUGAUGAUACUCACGGUGAGGUAUUGGAGAAAACCAUGAAUAAAUCGUUGGAGAAUUUUCUUAAGCUGGAAGAAGGCAAUGGGCAUGAACUCAGUGAAUCGAGCAUUCUUUAUGCUCCAUAACCAUAAGAGAGUUGCCAUAACUAAUAAUUAUUAUCAUAGAUAAUAGCAACCGUCAUGGCCAUGAUUGAUGAAUUACUCAACAAAGGUAGACACCCUUGAUCAUCAAAGAGCUGUAUGUUUUUUUGUGCAUCUAUUAGCAGCCAUUGGUGAUCAUUUUGUACAUGGUUCCCUUUGUCGGGUCAUGGUUCGUCAAUCAUGUUCUCGGGCUAUGUGACUAGAUUUUUCGUUUUCCCCAUUUCCAUGGACAAACCAAGACUUGAGUUUGUCUCUUUUACCUCAAGUUGUAGCCGAUUUUAGUGGCUACACGAGUUUAUCUAUCUACUUAUAUUUUGAUGAGGACUUUAUAGCAGUUGCAAUUUCUUGUAUAAGCCUGCAAAGUCCUUUUUCUUUUUGACUAAUGUAUUACUCAUCAUCCAUGUGUUGAAUUCCUU